CAAAUAUAUGCUUUCAAUUUUUAAACCAUGCACAAAUGACACUUAGUUGUAUUCUUUAAUGUAUAUGAAAAUUCAUGUCGUUUAUCUACAAAACACUAUAAGGCAAUGUCAAUAAAAUCGUUUUGCCACGUCAGCUACUCCUGAACAAACCGCACAAUGCGGGAGGGCCUUUUGGGUAAAUCCAUAGUUUUCUAUUUCUCGCCAUCCUCUCACCGAACCGCCCCAGCCAUCCGUUCAGAGUUCAGACCCUUCGUCUCUCUCACCUUCCUCCCUCAAGAAAUCCCUACCAUCAUGCGUUCUGCGUUGCCCUUUUCCCUUUGGCGUCGUCGCUUAUGUGUUCCUCUUCAAUCACGUCGCCGCUUCGUCCUCCCUACCUUCAAUCCAUUCCCAUCGCCGCACCGUCAAUCCCGAAUUCCGAUAUUUAUAUGCAAUCCGAAGUUCCUUCCUCUAAUUCUACUAAAUAGCAACAGUUUCUCACUCAACCCCGCUAUCGGAAAUCAAUUUGCAUUCAAGCAUCGGUGAGUCCCCGCCGUCCCUUGGCUUUCCUUUUCCGCUGCUAAUUUCUUCCUUCAUGCAAUUUUACUCAAUAACAUAGCUUCUUAGUGAGCCAAAAAAUGCUCCAGGAAUGAUUUAUGUGGUAAAAUAAGCUUCCUUUUGAAAUCAGCAGCUUUGGAUUUGGUGAUGAGGGUUCUGGGUGUCACGAAUUUCAACCAAUGGACUUGGUGUUGAUCAAUUCAGAGGAGAGAGUGUUUGCUGUAGAAGGCCAAGUGAUUCAAGUACAAUCUAACUGGUGUGACAUGGGGUGUCUUGAAUGCCCUCACAAAGUUGAAGAGGAUUGGAGUACUUUCGCAGACACUAUAAGAAAACUUCUUAAAUUGCAAAAGUCAAAGACCUGUUACAAGCGUGGAGCACGAUUCACUUGGGCCAAUGAGUCAGACAUCAAGCCAAUCCCUCACAAGUGCAAUACCUAUCUCGAAGAUAACUUCCUAGACUUCUCAUGACCACAACCAAAGAGAUGAAGCAGAUUUGGUUGCUGCAAACUUGGAGGAAACUAGCAACAUUGUUGCAAGCCAUGAAGAUCUUGGAGAGGGUGCUUAAGGAGAUUUAAAAGGGAACAUUGGGUCGACUCUAACACCAAGGAAGAAAAGUACUAUUGUUGGGAUCAUUAUGUAGUUAAGAUCCACGUCAUGAACCUUAUAGUUUUAGAGUGUGUUUUUCACCUAUGAGAUGUUCGUGAAUUGCUUAGUGUUCAUAAAAUUUAGAUUCUUAG